AGUCGACGAAAACUCUUUAUUAGAGGAGUUUUACAGAAGUGUGCUAAUUUUGUGGACAAUUUUGCAAGAAAACAAUAUUUCAACCAAAAAUGAAUUUGUAAAAUUAGGAUCCUAAAAUGGAAUAUGCGAAAGCGAAAUGGGAAGGAAGUUUCAAAAUCAGCGCCAAAGGGCGAGUGGGAAAAUCUUUGACAGAGAAGCUCAAAUCUCCACCUUUCUCUUUUUCUUUUUUCGUAAUUUCGUAAUUUUCCUUCUGGAUUUUGAUUGUCAUUCAUCGCCACACGCCACAUACCACCGCCUUCCCUUUCCUUUUCUUUGAUUUCUUCAAUCAUGGGGAACCCAUUUCCAAAGCUUGAAGCUUUCACAAACCCCACUUUCAAACAUUGAUUCUUUUUUUUUUUUUUUCUUUUGUUUUUCGACCCAACCAAAUGCAGGCUAUGAAGGAGAAAGUCUCUGAGAGGUUCUCCGGCCUCUUCUCUAAUUCCACCAGUUCCGAAUCCUCCAAACCACCUCCCCCUGAUCCUCGUACUCAGGGCUUUGAAGAAGGGAUGCCACAGACCAAAAUAAUGUUUGGGUAUGACUCGGGAUGAAUUACUGUUUGAGGCCAGGCCAAAAUCGAAAGGAAGAAAAUCUCUGUCUUCAUAUUUAUCCUUAAUAAUCCCUUCCAUACAUGGGUCUAAACCUUCUGCUUCUCGUCAAGACACUGAUGCAGUUCAAUCUCCCUCAGUUCGAUAUUGUGAUGCAAACAAUGAUUUCCAGGAGGAAGGCUCAGAUACUUCUUUAGGAUGUAGUAUACCAUUCAAGACGGAAGAAAUACCUAGACAUCAGGGUGAAAAUAAGGAUUGUGGUUCAGCAUAUGAUGAGGGAAAACUGAAUAAACUAGGAGUUGAGUAUGACUCGGCAUGUAGAAAGAGCACUUGUAGUUCAGAUGGGUUUGAAGAAGCUAUGGAGCGACCCACUCCAAGAAACCCUUUAUCAGACCUCAUGUAUGAGUCAGCUUUUAUCACUUCACACUUGUAUGAAUUCCUUGGGUGUUGUCUUCCCAACAUUGUGAAAGGGUGCAAAUGGGUCUUACUGUACAGUACGAUGAAGCAUGGUAUAUCUCUUCAAACUCUUAUUCGCAACAGCCACAAUCUUCCUGGCCCUUGUUUACUGAUUGUUGGAGAUACUCGAGGUGCUAUAUUUGGUGGUCUUCUAGAAUGCCCGUUGAAGGCUACAGCCAAAAGAAAAUAUCAAGGAACUCACCAGACAUUUGUUUUUACAACGAAAUAUGGUGACCCAAGGCUUUUUCGAGCAACUGGAGCCAACCACUAUUAUUAUAUUUGUUUGAAAGAUUUACUGGCACUUGGAGGCGGUGGUAGCUUUGCCUUAUGUUUGGAUGGUGACUUAUUAAGUGGAACUAGUGGACCGUGUGACACAUUUGGUAGCUUAUGCUUGGCGCAUGACCCAGAGUUUGAGCUAAAAAAUGUUGAGUUGUGGGGUUUCACACAUGCAUCAAGAUACUUCACCUGAAGAUUUGUUAUAGUUCUUUUCAGAGUUUGUGCUCAUAUUUAAGUUUGUGAUUAUAUUAUUUAUUUUUUGUUUUGUUCUUUUAACAGUUUUAAUGAUUAUUCAAUUAAAACGAUCUACCAUAAAAAGAAGCCUUUACCUUUUUUUUGGGUGUAACUUCAUCUAUUUAUCAGAUUAACAAUUCUUUUGUAUUGUUAGUUCCAAGUGUAGACCAAAUGUCAAGAAUUAGUGAAUUUGAAUGACAUUUCAUGCUUCUUAUUGAUAUUGAUUGAAGCAUAGUAUUGA